CAAGCCCUAAAAAUUUACAAAACACCCUCAAACUGACAGACUUCACAAACCAAAAUCCAAAACCAGAAAACAGAAAGAAAAAAUGUUGAGGCUCGUAUCGAAGAAGGUGCUAGGGCUAGCCUCACAGGAGGGGUCGGCGUUGUCGGCGUCACGGCCCGUCCAGGUGCUGCCACGUAUGUACCACGAGAGGGUGAUCGACCACUACGACAAGCCCCGCAACGUUGGAUCGUUGGACAAGAACGAUCCGACGGUGGGCACGGGCCUCGUCGGUGCACCCGCCUGUGGCGAUGUCAUGAAGCUCCAAAUCAAGGUCGACGAGGUGACUGGGAAGAUCGUCGAUGCUCGCUUCAAGACCUUCGGUUGUGGCUCCGCUAUCGCUUCCUCGUCUGUAGCAUCUGAGUGGGUCAAGGGGAAGCAAUUGGAAGAAGUUGUGACCAUUAAAAACACGGAAAUUGCAAAAUAUCUUUCUCUCCCACCAGUAAAGCUGCACUGCAGCAUGCUUGCUGAGGAUGCUAUCAAGGCUGCUGUUAAAGAUUAUGAAGCUAAACGUGCCAAAUCAAAUGGUAGUGCAAAGGCCGCUGAGGCUUGAAGAUGUUUGUGGAUAAGGCCUCUGGUGCCUAAUUAUGUUUAUGUACAUUGAUGACGAAAAUUUCCAAGAGUGAAUUUCUACAUACUGAUUAUCUAGUAGUAAUGUAAUAAUGGAAUGUAAGAAUAGCUCCAGAACACACAUCUUGGAUUUUAAGUUGUACCCUUUGAGUAAAUUGAAUAUUAAAAAGUGUGUUCCUUCCCAUCCACCCACCCCCCUUUGUUUCCUCGAGGAUGUGAAGGAGGUUUGAUUCUGUUA